GGUAUAUUUCACACAAUGUUUUCAGACGUGUUAAUGCUGUGUUGUGUUACUCACACUGGGCAAGUACGUAAAAGAUUCUAUAUUGUUAAUUUGCAUUGUUGGGCUCUGGCAUUCACAGCACAGUGGUACAACUUGGUUGCAUUUUCCUCCUGUGUUAGCACUUGCAAUAAGAGAUGACACUUGCUGCUCCUCUCAGGAUAGCGAUUCAGAACUGUUGGAGCCAUCUAGUCCUGUAUACAGUAGUAACUCUGGAUGAGUGAGGGACAAUUCCCUUAUUCAAAUUCCUAUAGGAGAUCCUAUAGGAAUUUUACUAAAUAGACUAUUCCUAUAGGAAUUUCUUUGGAAAUGCAAUUUCCAACUUUAACUUCCUUCCAACUUUAGUUUACUUGGUAUAAGCACCUUUUAGUCAUCUGCUAACUGGGUCCUCGUCUUAUUCUUAGUGUUAACAUUUGUUGGUGAAUGGUGGGGACAACUUGAUAUAAAGUUUUAUGGCAAGAAGGAAGAUUAUGAACUGAUUGGCAAGGAACAUGCCUUGGCUUUACCAAACCAUCGUAGUGAUAUUGAUUGGAUGGUAGGAUGGAUCCUUUGUGAGAGAACUGGAAUACUUGGGGUAAUGAAAUAUAUUAUUAUUUGUGGUGUAUGA